UUGAGGGGAGGGGAGGAGAGGAGAGGAAAGGCUUAUGGCAACAUUUGCCAUUCGGUCCUGUGUUGGAAAGUUUGGGAGUAAAUAUUCUUUAUAUAUCAAGAUUUGAUUUGGUUUGAGAUUGGGGAUUAGGGUUUUGGAGAAGAGGAGAGGCAUAUGGCAACAGCUAUUCGGUCUGCGGUUGGAAAGUUGGGGAGUAAAUAUUCUUCACGUUGUCAUAGCAAUGGAAGAAUAGUAGCAAACAUGGUUAGGGUUGGGGAUUUUCAAAUUAGGAGCGCAGUAGUCAACAACUACAAUAUUGAUCGUGAUGUCUUGUUUUCAACUUCAAAGCCUCCUUCUUCUUAUGGUUAUUCCUCUCGCCAUCCUUUUCUUUUUGGCAACUAUCACAAGAAACCUCCGCCUGUUCUUCAUCUGCAAUAUGAUUCCGAUUUUGAAGAGCCAUGUGGUGGAUUUACUCCAUGUCCCUGUUUUAUUGAUGAUCCUGAUACUAUAUCUCCUACCCGUUUCGCCGUGAAAGAGUAUAACAAGCAAAAGAAUGCCCAACUGCAAUUUGUCAGAGUUUUGAAGGCAUGGCACGAGAGGCGUGGUCCUUAUAUGUUGUAUUAUCUAACAUUGGAGGCAGUUGAUGAGGGCGUGGUUAAAGUUUACCAAGCAUUCGUUGAUGUAUUUUGCUACAAAACGAUGAAGCUAAAGUUGUUUGGUAAAAUUAUUUUUUAA